CGUCGGCGGCGCGGCUCAACAGUCAGGCACGGAGCGCGAUCGGGCGCGGUUGAACGCGAGAGAUAAGCAGCGAGUCGGAUGAAAAAACGGAGCGGACGAAAAAAACAACAAGGGGGCGCCGAGUGAGUUAAAAAGAUGAAUGGGGAGAUCCAGCAGCAGCAGCAGCGGGGCGCCGUCCUGCUGGAGGAGACGUUCUACAUCUUCAACAAGAAGAAGACCGUGUACCGGGUCAAGUUGACCGAGAAGGGUCUGAGUCUGCAGAAGGAGAGCAACGGCAACUCGAAGAGCGAGACGAUUCAGCUGGACGACAUCGUCGGGUGCCGCUGCAUGCGGCGCAAGCGACGCAAGUCCGAGUCGUGCGUGUGUCGUCCGAUGACGCCCGGACGCCGCACCGGCAUCGCCGUCGUCGAGCAGAACUCGGCCGAGCAGGACGAGAACGACUCGAGCGUCUACCUCUACAUCUACUCGUACCUGCUCAAGAAGAGUCGCGGCGUCAAGUCGUCCACGUUCAAGCGCGACAAGAUGACCAUCACCCUGCGCUUCAGGUCGUUCGACCACCUCGAGGACAACAUGCGCGAGGCCCAGCGGUGGCGCCUCGCCAUCAAGUGCCUCAUCCGCAACCGGCCGGUGCCGCCCGUCGUCCUCCUGCCCAGGGACCACUUGGACCAGGACUUCAUCGCCGAAAUUCCAAACAGCGGCGAGGAACGUCGGUUGCUGGUUUUUGUGAACCCGAAAAGCGGCUCCGGUCGAGCCAAGGAAAUCUUCGAGCGCCGCGUCGCGCCCUUGCUGAUCGACGCCGAGUUGCCCUACGACCUCCACCUCACUCAAGGUCCCAACGACGCCCGUCGCUUCGUCAGACAAAGGCACGACCUCACCACCGCCUACUCAGACAUCAUCAUUGUCUCGGGCGACGGACUCAUGUUUGAGGUGAUCAAUGGACUUAUAGAGAGACCUGACUGGGAAUCAGCGUGCCAACUGGGCCUCGGAAUUAUCCCCGGCGGCUCCGGAAACGGUUUGGCCAAAUCAAUAAGCUUCGCACAAGGAGAGCCGUACAGCCAAAAUCCAGUGCUGGUAUCCGCCCUGAAUGUUGUCAAAGGUCACAAGUCGCCCAUGGAUUUGAUCAGGGUGGAAACCAAGUCCCUUGUGCCAGACAGUCCAAUAAAGAUAACUUAUUCGUUCCUAUCCAUCGGCUGGGGUUUGAUUUCCGACAUUGACAUCGAGAGUGAAAGACUGAGGGCAAUCGGCGGCCAGAGGUUCACAGUUUGGAGCUUGGCCAGGCUUGUUGGACUGCGCACAUAUCGGGGCCGCCUGUCGUACUGCAUCGCACCCGGCUACAGGUCGGCCGGAAACGGACCGCUGCUCCGACGAAGCACCAGCGAGAACGAGGCCAUCAACAACAUGAGCAACGGAACCACCAAUGGCUUCAACGGCAACUACCGCAGUCAGAGUUGCCACGAGGACCUCAGUGCCCCACUGUCACUUCCAAUUGAUAAGUCUCCUGCGCUGCGGAAGCGUCUCAACUCAACCGCCUCCUCCAUAUCAGAAGAAUUUUCCGUGCUGGAGUAUGAAAUGGAUGGCGAAGUAUUAGGAGAGACGGCCGCCCCGGACAACAACAACCCCAACGGCAGCAGACUCCGCCUGGACAGCUUCUACUCGGCCAAGUCGAGAAGCAGCGCCUUUUACUCGGUGGCGGCCAGUUCGUACCACUCCCUCACUUUGCCAGACGAGCAGUCCCCGGACCCCAUCUGCAUGUACGGACCGGCCUCCAAACUGCCUUCCCUCACGCAACCCGUCCCUUCAAACUGGACAGUUAUUGAAGGGGAAUUUGUGAUGGUCCAUGCUAGUUACCAGUCACACAUUGGUGCUGAUGGCUACAUAGCGCCUGACGCUCGGCCAGAUGAUGGCGUUAUUUGGCUGGUGGUUAUCAGGGCCGGAGCUUCCAGGAGCCAAUUGCUCCAAUUCCUUCUUGGUCUCUCGUCUGGAUCACAUAUCCACAUGCCAAUCGUAGAAAUGAUUCCUGUGACUGCAUUCCGUCUUGAGCCCGAAAACGUCAAGAGCACCGGACACAUCACAGUCGAUGGAGAGCUCGUCGACUACGGGCCCAUACAAGCUGAAGUGAUGCCUGGCAUGUCGCGCAUUCUCACAAGAUAGACGAGGAUUAUUUUUCCUGGGUUCAUAACUUUUCUUGGUGUUCUUUUUUGCUCAAAAAUUAGUUCCCAAAACACACAAGGGAAAUUUUCCCUGCCAGUUCCGGUGCUUUAAGUGAGUCAUAUAGAGAUGAUUUCUAUGAAUUUACCUUUCCUAUUCAUCUUGAUGAAUAUAAUGUGUUAUUUUUCUUUGAAUAUUAUCAUAGGAAAAAGUUUUAAACCAAACGAAGUCCAUCCAAGUUGUAGCGAGUCAUGUAAAUUAUGCACUAUUAGGCUAUCGUGUCCCGCGAACAUUGGGAUUUCCAUCACACAUUUUCUGCUUUUAAGGACAAAUUAGCCAAAUAUAUUAAAUAGAGAGCAUAAUACAAUAUGAAGGUUGACGUCAACCUAUAUAGAGACUUGCUGAUUUAACAGAAAUUUUAGUAGUGUGUACGAGUGUGUAAAGAUUAGUGCAAACAAAUACCAUAAAUAAAUAAUGAAAAUUAAUUUUGGGGUAAAAAAAUCCUUUAAUUUUUAUUUAUGCCCAUUCUUAAAUAAAUUAUAUUAUAACAGAUUAAUUAAUUAAUAUUCAUUACAAAAGCUAAAAUGCAUCUAAUUUUCGUGUGAUUGAGAGAGUGCACAGUAUAAUAAUAAUUGCAUUUAGAUUUAAUUGAAAUUUCUAUUAUGAGGGCAAAUACCCUGAUGCUACUAGAAAUAAAUUUUCGUUAAUGAGACUCCA